AUGAUCGAGCCACGAUUAGUACCAGUGUAUGAAGACGGGCUAGAGAGAGCUUACCCAUACAACUCAGCGCUCGGAUCUAGCGAGGGACAGGAGAUGAAGAGCGACCGUCUACACGUUGGCCCUUCCGCUAAGAAAAAGGGGUACCUUAAUAUCAUCCGUGGCAUGCCAUUAUCGACUCUCAUCUUAGCCAUCACUCUCAUCAUCCUGAUCAUCGCUGCUGGAAUCGGCGCCGGAAUUGGGGCUUCCAUCGGUGCAAAGGGCUCAAACCAAUCAUGUAGCAGUGCCGCAACUGUUCCAUCACCCGCAACCUCUUCGCCUGACCCAGCCUCAAGCGCCAAUGCCACCGCGACGUCAUCCGGCGUCUAUACCGUCGAAACAAACGUGCUUCUCCCGCUUGACUGUCCCGGCCUCGACAGCACGCCGCAGACCUCCACAUUCGCUCAUCGGACCUCGACAUUUCAAAUGUAUUGUCGCAACGCAUACACCUACGACUCGAAUAAGGCAAUUCUUAGCAUAGUCGUUUACACUCUCCACGACUGCCUGCAGGCAUGCGUGUCGUUUAACCACUACGUGAACGCAGACAAUUGCACGGCAGCAAUGUUUUUCUCAAACUUAACGUCGACGCUUCCGGAAUCCGGGGCCAACUGUUUCAUGGCGACAGACACAGAUGUCUCCUCGCUUGAACCUAGCGAGGAAGGUAACAACUUGGUGACUGCUCUGAUUAAUUAA